GGUUCAGUGGAAGAGGAGAGCCUAAGGCCGAGAUAAGGGAAUGACGAAGGUUCUGAAGUACGAAGGAUGUAACUUCUUUCGCCAGCGACUGGUCCUGGCCACCCUCAGCUCGAGACCAGUUCAGAUCAGCGAGAUACGGUCGGACGCCGACGAGCCCGGCCUGAGAGAGUUCGAAGCAGGUUUCAUUCGCCUUCUCGACAAGCUUACCAAUGGCUCCACAAUACAAGUCAAUGAAACAGGUACUACCCUUGUUCUACAGACCAGGUCUGCUGGUGGGUGGGACGCUGGAACAUGACUGCUCUCUGCAGCGGUCCAUCGGCUACUUCCUGGAACCCCUCGUUCUCCUGGCCCCCUUCGCUAAGAAACCAAUCAAAGUCACCCUCCGAGGGAACACCAACAGCUCUAAUGACCCUUCAGUGGACUAUUAUCGAGUGUGUGUUGUCCCUCUUCUGAAACGCUUUCUUCCUGACAACAACCUUCAUCUAAAGAUACUGACUCGCGGUGUCUCGCCUGGAGGAGGGGGAGAGGUGGAGUUCUCUUGUCCGGUGGUGAGGAGGAUGAGACCUGUACAGAUGACGGACUGUGGGAAGGUUCGACGGAUCAGAGGAGUUGCCUACUGUUCUCGAGUGAGUCCGUCUGUGGCCAACAGAAUGGUGGACUCUGCCCGCUCCAUCCUCAACAGCUACCUUCCCGACGUCUACAUAUACACAGACGUAGCUCGGGGAGCGGGGAAAGACAGGAGUCCAGGCUAUGGACUGACUUUAGUGUCAGAGACUACCACUGGAGUGCUGCACUCUGCAGAGCUCUUCUCAAACCAGCCCCUUGCUCAGGGGUCAGAGGGGUCAAGAGAGCCACACCCACCCAGUCUCCCCGAAGACAUUGGGAGACAAACAGCUCUCCUCUUAAUACAGGAAAUUGUGAAUGGAGGCUACGUUGACUCAGGAUCUCAGGUGAUGGCUCUGCUGUUCAUGGCUCUUGGCCAGAGAGAUGUCUCCAAAGUUCAGCUGGGAGAGCUCACCCCUUACACGAUGCAGUUUCUACGUCACAUGAGGGACUUCUUCAAUCUGAUGUAUAAGAUAGUGGCGAAAGAAGAGGAGAUGAGCCAGACAGAGGGUGAUGGGAGAGAGGAGGAGGAGGAGGAGAAGGAUGAUAGAGAUGAUGAGUACAUUGUUAGACAGCUAGUCACCUUGUCUUGUGUUGGUGUAGGGUUUUCCAAUGUCAGUAAGGGGAUUAUGUGACGUAUUAUGUGUAUUCACCGCAAACUACAUGUAUAACACUCGAUCGGCGCCGCGUCACGGGGCGUCGACGUCCUUUAAUUAAUUAUACACGCGACCGAUUCCCGACUCGGCAUCGGCAUGCGCAGGGGAUUCCCUCAGAACAUCACACGACUUGAAAAGUCCGUGGAGAUGGAGUCCUUUACAGAAUUGUCGGAGUUUCGGAAAACAAAGUCUGCGCUAGUGAACUGUCCGGAAAACUUGCACAAGUAUAACGGAGAAGUGUACGGAUUGCCGGCAGCGGAGCAAGCCCUACACCGCCCUCGUAUGCAGAGACAUCGUACUACAACAAGACGAAAGUUUGAGCCGCCCGAUCUGCCUCCUCCGUUUCAGUGGUGAACAUGAAAUCUGUACCAUUGUGUCUGAUGCUGGUUCUUGCGGGAGUCUGCCCUCUCAGAAGUUACGCGGAAACAUCCAGCACGUUAUACGGUACACUGCACGUGGUGAAUGACAACACAACCACUUCCCAACUCUACAAUUACACUGGUGUAACUGGAAACCGCACUACCUCUCCACUGUCCGAACCCUUUCCCCAAGACUGCACCACGUGUCUCCCAGGAUAUCCAACCGAACACUGCGACUAUGAAAAAGGCUACUGCGUCAGGCUGUCAGACGGCAAAUAUGCAAUAGUUGGUAUAAAUGGAUCCUUCCUGUACAACAGUCCACAGCAACUGAACACUCCGUGUACCCCACUGUACCUCCAUAGGCUGGAAGACGAAUCGUACGCAAUCAUCUGUCUCGAAUCUUCCUUUGACGUCCUGCGCUUCAAAGAUGACGGUAACCCCGAACUCGAUGGCCUUUCAAGUGGCGACGUUGGAGCAGGUGGAAUCCUUGUAGAAGUUGUUGGCCAUAAUAACAAUCAUCGACAAGCUAACCUAUAUCAGGUGGGACUAGAACCUGGCUACAUUUCAACACGUGAGGUUAAACAGGGUUUAGGUGGUUUUAUUGCUAUCCCCAAGAGCUGCAUAGCAGACUCAGUCUCGUUUCGCCCAACUUUCUCUCUGACAGGACUCUUCUUUCUUCAGUGCACAACAAACAGCAACGACCAAGCUUAUUUCUUGUACUUGGUGACAAGCCACAAUUUCCAGAGGCUUGAUCUGUGUGCCAACCCUCUCCCUUCUCCCCCUGAUUCUACCGGUGGCGAUACGUUUACCACAGCAUGUGGUGACACCCUGACAGUCUACAACACUAACGACGUUUCUCAAUACCGCUCUCUAUCGUUUGACGGCAGUAUUACCUCGGAGUCCACUCUGGAUAGAAACACCCGGCUAAUCCACGCAGGGAAUUCGCAACAUCUAGUUAGUUUGGAUAGGUUUUUGAAGGACAACGGCUCAAGUGCGGCAGUGACGUUAGAAAGCACUCCCAACUGCUCGAUUAGUAAGCUCAUAGCUCCAGAUGUAUAUGCCACGGCCUGCCAGAGCGACUCAUUCUAUGUCAUAAGAUUGGACAAUGUAUCCAGU